UAUUAUUUUAUCUGUUGAAUUGGCGGGCCGGUAUUCUAGUUUAUUGGUCUCCGAUUGGUCUCGCCGGUAUCGCACAUUCGGCAAAAGCAUUAAAUUAUUUUUUUUGCAAGUUUAUUUUGUGGCUUAUAUUUUGAGGUAUUGUAAUUAGUUUAAUCGUUUUUUUAAUAUUCUCGCUGGUUCCAUAUAGUUACAGAAAUUGAAUACAGUGUCGGACGUCUGAAUAGUGAGUCAUCAGUACCUAUAUCGUGUGAAUAAAAAACCACAACUAUUUUUCUUAUAUUUGGUUUUAUUAGAUACUUUGGUUAAUGAAUGUGUUACACAACCCAUAAAAAUGGUGAAAAAAAUUGAUACGGGUCUUAUUAUCAUUUGGGAUGUGGGAAAGAAUGUGGCGGAAGAAGAUGAAAAAAAUAAGAAAUCAUUUUUUGAGCAAUCACGAGAGUGUGUUGCAAGAAUUAUCGAACGCAAAAUAUUGACCCAAGGGAAAGACCACCUUGGUAUCAUAUUGCUGGGUGCAAAGGAAACUAAUAACAAUAUGGCAAACCAAUGUGAGGGUGUUUUCCGGAACAUUCAUACAUUUUUCCCACUCCAGCCACCAAUGUGGCAAAUGAUAAGGAAUUUGCCGAAGUCUGCAAGCAAUAAAAGUGGUGACUGGGUGGAGGCUCUUGCAGUAGCAGUGGACCAUGUCGUUGAAGUCAAAGAUUUCAACUUCACCAAUAUAAAAAUAAUACUGUUAACAAACUUUAUGAAACCUACUCGCAGCAAAAAAAAUAUUCAAAUGAUUCUAGAUGGUAUCAAAGAUGAAAAGAAGAUUGAAGUUGAUGUAAUUGGUCCAGAUCUUUAUGACACAACUAAUAAUAGCCCAGACCUAGAAUGGGCUAGAGAAUUUGUUAAAGAAACUAAUGGUGUAGCAGAAACUAUUGAAAGCACCAUGAAUUUCCUUUUAUUUCACAAAAAGAAAACCACCAAACCACAACCUUGGAAUGUAGACCUAACCAUAGGUCCAUACAUCAAGAUACCAGUCACAGCAUACAUCAGACUGAAUGAUGACAAAAUUGUUGAAAAAUGGACCAAAACUAUCAAAGAUCCUGUUACAUCAAAGUCAAGCAGCACAACAGCUGUAGUUCGGGACAAGGGUUAUUAUGAUGCUGAAAAACAAGCUAAAGUUGAUGAGUCUGAAGUAACUAAAGCUCAUGAAUUUGGAGGCCAAACAGUUCCAUCAUCAGAAUCUGAUAAAUUCCUGCAAUACCAACCAGGAGAUAAAUCAUUGUCACUGUAUGGAUUUACGAAUGCAAAUAAUAUACAUUGGCAACACUUUGAUGGGAAGGGUUUGCAUUAUGUGUUUGAAAGAAAAGGGGAUAAAAAAGCCCAACUAGCAAUUAAAUGCUUAAUUGAGAUUCUUCAUGAAAAUAAAUUGGUGGGUGUUGUCAGAAAAGUUCAUAACAAUAACAAUGCACCAAAAAUGUUUGCUCUCAUGCCUGUCAUUGAUACAAAUAAUUACAUGUGUUUAUCAAUGGUUUCUCUAUGUUAUAAAGAGGCCAUAAAGUACAUGCCAUUUCCUCCAACAAAUAUCAGGAAAUACUCUUGUACGAAGGACCAAGUAGAUGCUUUCAAAUAUCUUAUCAGAACAAUGGACUUGACUAACUCAUAUGAUGAUACUUUUGAUGAUGCUGAAGCAUUCCCUGCUGGUGAAACUGUAAGCCCAAGUGCUCAAUAUCUUUUGGAUUGUAUUGCUUAUCGUGCACUUAAUCCAGAGAAACCCCUGCCACAGCCAAGAGAUGAGAUUAUGGAUUUAUUUAAAAUACCACCAAUGGUUGAAAAGAGAUGUCAAGAUGCACAGGAAAAGAUAAAGAAACUAUUUCCUUUGAAAAAAGUGGAAGAAAAACCCAAAAGGAGGACGAAACGACUUUUAUAUCUGAAUACUUCAAAUGACCCUUCCACUAUUGGGAAGCCGCAUGAUAAUACAAAUAAUUCUGGACCUAAAAUUGCACUUCCAAAAGCAGAUGAUUCAGAUUACACCAUCGGCACCAUUAACCCUGUGAGGGAUUUCUCAGCUUUACUGGGGAAAGGGAAAUCUUUAGUUGAUCUCGCUCCAGAUAUGACUGAAGUAAUUGAAAGUCUUCUGUACUAUAAUUUAGAUGGGGUAUACACAAAAGCUAUAACUACCAUGACACAUUUCAGAGGAGAAUGUGUUAAGACAGAUCCAUCUAUUUACAACAAUUGGCUUCUGAAGUUUAAAGUUGAUUUAUCCAAUCGUAAUAGAGGUGAUCUGCUCACAUUGAUAAAGGAAAAAGGUGUUGAUUUUAUUUUGAAAUCAGAGAACAAUUUAAGCACUUUUGAAAAAACAGAUAGUCAUGAGGAAAGUCAAUUAUAUGAAAUGGAUACUGUUCCAGAGUCAACUGAAGUAGCUAUCAAACCAGAAGUUUAUGAUAUGUUUGAUGAUAUCUAAUUGUAGUGAAAAUGCUUAUUUAAAAUAAAAACAUAGCAGAACAUGGCUGUAUAUUUUGUUUGGGGGCAAAAAGCCAUUCUUCCAAUCUUAAGGUAUUGUGUCUCUUUUCAUUCAUUGCUAAACAAAAGCCUAUAAACGGGACUAUAUUGCGAAUCCUGCAAUUCAUUCCCUGUGUUGUGUGAAGAGUGAGAGAGAACAACGCAAAUAUUUUGAACCAUGGCCUAUAAUAAUUAUUAUUAUUAUAUUAUAUAAUUAUUGGUGUAUGUCUACUGGGAGAGGGCCCAGGGUCUGAGAAAUGUCAUGGUUUUAUAUAUAAUAUAUUUUUGUCUAUAACUCAAAACAAAAUAGAUAUAAUAAGGCUUAUCACAAGGUUUGUUUGACUAACCAAUUAUGACUAUAAGUUUUGUAAGAAUUGUUUAUAUUUAUCUGUGAUUCUUGUGUUAGAUAACUCUUAGCCCUUUGUAUUGUUAUAAGAUAAAUAUAAUCUACAAAAAUUUGAAUAUAAAAAUGAAAAUUCUUAGAAAAACAACAAAGCAGGCUUUAUUAAAUUAAGUUAAAUAUUCACAAAGUAUGUAAAUCACUUACAUGUUACAUAAGUUGGUACUUUAAAUAAACAUUUAUUUUUU